AUUUGCAAAGGCCCACCCGAACGACCCGGAAUAUUCGUGCAGUCGACAAAAGACGGAGGAGUCGCCCGAGAAUUCGGGCUGAAACCUGGAGACCAGAUCCUCGAGUGCAACGGGAUGACUUUGGACAGCGUCGAUUUUGCGCAGGCCGUCCACUUCCUCAAGUCUGCCGCCAAGUUGGACCUGCGGAUCAAGAAGGGCGUCGCGGCGGACUUGUUCGGACCGCACCACCAAGCCUGCGGCAGCCACGGGGAAUCCUCGGGCUACAACAGCUCUUCGUCCAGUGUGUCCGGAGACACGAGCGCCCCCUGCAUGAUGCCCGACGGUGGCGGCGGAGGGGAGCAGCAGCAGCGGAUGUCGCCGCCACGGGCGAGCCAUCUGCUUACCCCGGGUGGUGGUGGCGCAGCCGCCGGAAUCGUAGGCAGCAGCAGCAGCAGCAGCGGUGGCGGCAAUGGCAGCCAGAACGGCGGCAGUAAGCGGCUGUCGAUGGUCGCCGAGGAGCGCGGCGACUCCGCCAGCUUGGAUGCCGUCCACUUCCUCAAGUCUGCCGCCAAGUUGGACCUGCGGAUCAAGAAGGGCGUCGCGGCGGACUUGUUCGGACCGCACCACCAAGCCUGCGGCAGCCACGGGGAAUCCUCGGGCUACAACAGCUCUUCGUCCAGUGUGUCCGGAGACACGAGCGCCCCCUGCAUGAUGCCCGACGGUGGCGGCGGAGGGGAGCAGCAGCAGCGGAUGUCGCCGCCACGGGCGAGCCAUCUGCUUACCCCGGGUGGUGGUGGCGCAGCCGCCGGAAUCGUAGGCAGCAGCAGCAGCAGCAGCGGUGGCGGCAAUGGCAGCCAGAACGGCGGCAGUAAGCGGCUGUCGAUGGUCGCCGAGGAGCGCGGCGACUCCGCCAGCUUGGAUGUGUCGACCAAUAUCUCACUAGAAUUUACAGACGGAUUGAUCCACUUGUGC